UCCGAGGAGCAGCUUUAUUUUAUUUAAAGGUUCUUCAUUCUGGUGGGAGUCCAGUCAAUGCAGCAUCCCGCAGGAUGGAUAGCUUAAAUAGCGAGGAGAGGAAGCCGAAGCCAAUCCUCCUGACAGAGACGAAUCCUGCUGCAGCGCACACACCCCAGCUGUUUGCAAUGAUGACGUUAUCGGUGCUCCCGGUGGUGCUGCUCUCACUGCACGUCGUUCGAGUCGACAGCGUGGCCAUGACCUUUGAAAGCAGAGACCCCAUCACCGGGUCGCCGGUGAGCUGUGACCGCUGUCCCCCUGGGACAUACCUGCGAUCUCAGUGCUCGUCCGAGAGGAAGAGCGACUGCGCAAAUUGUCCGCACGGCUCCUUCACUGAGGUGUGGAACCACAUCGGGAGGUGCCUGCGCUGCGGAGUCUGCAGUCACAAUCAGGUGGUGAAGACCCCGUGCACAGCGGACAGUGACUGCCAGUGCCAGUGCAAACCGGGGUACUACUACAAGACGCAGUACGACAUGUGCCUCCCACACAGCGCGUGUCCACCCGGACAAGGAGUGCGGGCCAAAGGUACACCUGAUGAGGACACCGUGUGCCAGACUUGCUCUGACGGCACCUUCUCCGAGGUUUCCUCUGCUCAUCACAACUGCACAGAGCACAAGAGCUGCAGUGGUGCAGGACUGCAGUUGGCACUGAGGGGCUCCUCCUGGCACAAUAAUGUAUGUGCAAACUGCGCAGAUCUCAAAGAUGGUGCCGACUACCUCAGAGAAAUCCUCCCAGCUUUUUUUGUGCACCAUAACAUAAAUAUCAAGCGGCUGCGUCGAAUUGUGCACAAGCUCCCAUCUCAGGAUGGGAAGAGACAGGGAAGAAACACAGAGCUGAACUCCUCAGAGCUUCACCAACGGCUCAACGCCUGGAUAGCAUCUGCGACAGCAGAGGAGAUUCGGAAGCUUCCAUCAGUACUGACGAACGCUGGAGCAAGCGGCGCUGGUGAGAGGUUAGACCAAAAGCUGAAAAGAGUUGACAGUCAGCUGAAAACUGAGUGUAGAGGGAAUGAGGUGGAGAUGGUUAAUGUGCCAAAGUAGGUUGAGAUUAAGAGAAAAAAAUAAAUAAAUAUAUAUAUAUAUAUAUAUAUCAUGCACAGGCACCAAAGAAUUUUCCUUGUGUAUUGUUCGUUUUAAAAUCUUUUUGUAUUAGAAAGUUGCUUCGUUAGUUUAAAUGCACUGAAGACAGGCUUUGGCACUUUUUUGUUACCAUAAACAUUGGUUUCAUUUGAACAUUAAGAUUGUUUUGUCAUUCUAUUUUUUUUUUUUAUUUUU